AUGCGUCAUACUCUGCUCUGGAUUGCGGCGCUGACAGCGUCCGCUGUUGCUGAUCCUCUUACUACGAUCCCACUUUUCCGUCGAAGCGACGAUAGCGGUAUCAUUCGUGCCGCUGCAGAUGAACUCGAUAGUGGUGUGCUCGGUGGCAAGGUGCUCAUCGGUACACCACCUCAAGAGUUCACCAUGGCCUUCGAUACCAACACCGGUUUCUCGUGGGUGCGCGGCUCUCGUUGUAAGAGCGAAAACUGUCUCGAUCGCUGCACGUACUACGCCCGUCGAUCAGAAACCGUCACUUCAACUGGCCAGAAGUUGAAGGUCAAGUACGGUGAAGCGUGCGUUGAGACGACCAUUUAUCUUGAUACUGUUGAGUUUGGCGGUCUUUCAGUUGAAAACAUGCCUUUUGGUGGCGCUUAUAGAAUGACUGGCUUCGAUGCAGGCUUUGAUGGUUACCUUGGUCUUGGCCGCAGCGUCGAUUUCAACAAAACGCAUAUUUACUCGAGCGCAGCACAAGGCCUUGCACGUCGUGAUUUGCCCGCCUCUUCAUUCGUCGGCAACGCUUAUCAGCAAGGCACUGGUAUGGAGAGUGCUCAGUUCGGCAUGUUCACCACUGGUUCAAGCGACAACGGAUUCGGCAGCUCCGGCGCUGUAACUGAAGACGAUGCCACGUCCGACGGCGAUGCCACGAAUCCUUCUACACCUCCUGCUGAAGACCAAACGAGCGGUGAUUCUUCUACUUCAGAAGUCACAUCCGGUGGUUUUGGUUUCUUUAAGCGUCACUAUGAUGAACCUGCCGGUUACUUGGUUCUUGGCGGUAUUGAUAAAAGCGCCAUCAAGGGUAAAGUUGCAUACAUUGACCUUGUUGACAGCAGCUCCGGCAGUGCCAACUGGGAAGUGCCCAUCUCGCUUGUGCGUUUCGACAUGGAUCUCAUCUUGCAACAAAAGAAGCAUGCCAAGGCACUGAUUAGCACCUCGCAAAACUUCAUUUACAUGCCCUACGACCAAGCCGAUAUCUUCCACGAAGUGUUUGGCGGCAAGUUCCAAGAAAGCACAAAGACGUACAAAGUCAAGUGCAGUAAGAUCAAGGACAUGCCUCGCUUGAAGCUUUAUUUGGGCGACUGGGCAGUCGAAGUCCCUGCACAGUACUGGACUCGUGUCGUUGAUGCUCCCACUGACUGCUGUGCUACCCGUAUUGCCCGUGGCGAGUCGGACCGCGACUGGAUUCUCGGUACCAGCUUUACCAACCUUUUCUAUACCACCUUUGACCCUCUUGAAGAGAAGCUUGGUUUGGCACUUAAGAAGGGUCAGAAGAAUGAUGGCCUCAAAUUGAUUGACAAGUCCCAAGAUUAA